AGCAGAGAGCCCCUUCCACCGCUAAGUCUGGCCAACCAAGGGAAUGCAGAUGAGGGAGUUUUGGGGGAUCCCAAUACUUUGUCACAAGUGGACUUGGAGGCAUAUCUUUCCCCAAACCAUCAAGAUGCCAGGGAAGAGAUGAAAAUGGCAUCUCCAUGCCAAAACACAGAAUUCCAGGGAUGGAUGCAAAGUAUUGGGGGACAUGUCACCCCCAGACUGGAAAUACUCCCCCAUUGUAAGAGGAGGCGCUGUCAGUUGUAAGCGAGGACCAGUCCAUCUUUGACCCAGCCUUUGCCUCCUCACACCUCUUGAAGACCGAGGUGCCUUCCGUGGACGAUUAUGGGAACAAGGAAGGCAUGGGGUUGGAGGACCCCUCAUGGCCAUCCCAGGUCAACAGCCGAGGACAUCUGGUGAAGCAGGAGAACGAGCAAGUCAAUUGCUCUAGCAGCAGACAAUCACCGGUGGACUGCAGUGCCACCCGCAGGAGCAAGGUGGAAGUGGCGGUCGACACAUCCCAGGUGUCCUAUCCAGCUGGAUACACCAACCAGCGCAGUCCCCCCGUUUCUUCGUCCAGGGAGGAGAAGGUCAUUGUUCCAGCAGACCCGAGCGUUUGGAGCCACGACCACGUCCGUCAGUGGCUGGACUGGGCGGUGAAGGAAUAUGGCCUUCUCGACAUCGAAACGACCCUCUUCCAGAACAUAGACGGGAAAGAGCUGUGCAAGCUGGGGAAGGAAGGGUUCUUACGCCUCACUUCGCCCUACAACACUGAAAUCUUGCUGUCUCACCUCACCUACCUGCGCCAGAGCAGUCCCACUUUUACUUAUCCAUCUGCACCAGUUAUUACCCAGCAGGCCCCACCGCCUCCACCACGGGCCCAAGUCAAAUCCGAGUCUGCGUAUGAUGAAAUCCGGCGAAGCAGCUGGGGCAGCGGUGCGGUAAACACCACUCCCAAAGGUUCCCCACCACAGAUCCAAACGGUGAGCCGCAUCCCGGAUUCAACACGCAUUGCACCUGUAGAUCCCUAUCAAGUCCUUGGGCCCACUAGCAGCCGCUUGGCAAACCCAGGUAGUGGUCAGAUCCAGCUGUGGCAAUUUCUCCUGGAGCUGCUCUCGGACAGCAACAACGCCAGCUGUAUCACCUGGGAGGGGACCAACGGCGAGUUCAAGAUGACGGAUCCCGACGAGGUGGCGCGGCGAUGGGGCGAGCGCAAGAGUAAGCCCAACAUGAACUACGACAAGCUGAGCCGGGCACUGCGCUACUACUAUGACAAGAGCAUCAUGACCAAAGUGCAUGGCAAGCGCUACGCCUACAAGUUCGACUUCCAGGGCAUCAACCAGGCCCAGCAGGGGCAGCCGGGUGAGCCAGCCCUUUACAAGUACCACCACACGGAACUGCCUUAUCUGCCCCCCUACCACCAGCAGAAGGUGGGCUUCGGCCUGGGCCAUGGCACUCCAAUGCCCGCCUCAUCCUCGGGUUUCUUUGGGCCACCUGCCCCUUACUGGAAUUCCACUGGGGGGAACCUCUAUCAGAAUCCCACAGUGUCCAGGCAGGCCAGCAACCACUUGGGCUCUUUCUUCUAAUCUCCAGAAGGUCCUGGAGCUACCUGAACUUCUACCAGGAGGUCUCAUUACACAAACAUCCACCACACCCAGAACCUGGGAUACAGGGAGCACCAUCGUGAAUGUAUUCGUGGCCAUCAUGAAUAAAGAGGGCAGGGGGGAGCAGCACCACUCCCCACCACCAGCGGGCACCCUUCUGCUGCGCUUCUGUCUGAUCUUCUAAUCCACCCCUGGACUUAGCUGGAAGACUUUACCAGCCCGAUGCUGUGCUAUCCCUGCCUGCGUUUUGCAGGGAUAGACCGGGUCUCAGAAUUAUAGGGGACACAGAUGUGUUGCCUCAGCUUGCUUGGACUCUUUAAUUUCCCCCCACAUCUAGUAUUACAUCAUGUACUGUACAUAGCGGAAGCGGGAGGGGUAUGUUUCUUGGUAUAUGAAGUAGCGGCAAGGAUGUGGGCCUCACUGCAGCCAUGGCAUUACGGUCAUUUUGAGUCUUUUCAGAAGCGGGAGUGCCGGCCAGCCCAAACGCCGAUCUUCGUUCGUGCUGCUGCUGUGAGCCAUUUAGACACUUAAGGUGCAGCACUGGCAGGCUCUUGGACAGCUGCCGAAACCUGAAAAAUGAGUCUUUUCUGAGUACAGUUUGAAGUUUUCUUUAGCCAGAUUUAUUGAAAUGGACAGGAGGUAGCAAGGAUUCCAGGAACUGUUCUCAGUUUAAAACUAGUAUAUCCCUAUGUAUGUUAGGAAGAUCUUCUGGGGUUUUGUCUUCCUCUAAGCACCGGUGCUCUGGGGAGAUGGUGGGUCUUUCAGGGAUAAUGGGGCAACUUGCCGUUGUUUGCAUGAUGGUCUUCUGAAUCCUUUUCAGCCUGGAGACCAACUCUUACAAAUUCUUUUUCAGAUGAGGACCAAAUACAACAGACCAGCUUUCCCAAACCUAGGGCCUUCCAGAGGUGUUGCCCUAAGGGGCCUAUAAUCCCCAGCUAGCUAGUUAAAAGGUUUAUUCUCUUGGAAUUAUGGGAACUGCGGUUCAACACAUCUCAAUUAGCCCAGAUUGGUGAAGAUCAAAGUUUUUGGGGAAAGAAAGAGGGAAAAAGUAACCGUACAUCAGUUUGCUUUUAUAACUUUUCAUGGGAUGGCAAUGGGGGUGAACUGUCUCUGAACUCUUUUCGCUUGUAACAAAGAUGGCUCAGUGGAAGCACCGUAAGGUGAUAAAGUACUAAAGAGG